CACGAACUCUACGACCACUUGAACGAAGAUGGCGAAACAAAAGGUCUGCCUCGCUUACUCUGGUGGCCUCGACACGAGCUGCAUCUUGAAGUAUUUGUUGGAAGAAGGAUAUGAAGUCAUCACCUUUACGGCCAACAUUGGCCAGGAAGAGGAUUUCGACGCCGUCAGAGAAAAGGCGCUGAAGAUUGGCGCCAGCAAGGUCUACAUUGAGGAUCUUCGCAGAGAGUUCAUCGAAGAGCAGUGCUUUCCCGCAAUCCAAUGCAACGCCAUCUACGAGAACGUCUACCUCCUCGGUACUUCGCUUGCUCGUCCCGUCACGGCACGCGCACAGAUUGCCAUUGCGCAAAAGGAGGGCUGUUUCGCCGUGUCUCACGGAUGUACCGGCAAGGGCAACGAUCAGAUUCGAUUUGAACUCGCCUUCUACGCUCUCCAGCCCUCCAUCACCGUCAUUGCGCCGUGGCGUGACCCCGUGUUCUACGACAAGUUCAAGGGCCGCAACGACCUGCUCGACUACGCCAAGGCAAUGGAUAUUCCCGUCAGGAGCACCAAGAGCAAGCCGUGGAGCAUGGAUGAGAACCUCGCCCACUAUAGCUAUGAGGCUGGUAUCCUGGAAGACCCAAAUACCAGUCCUCCAGAUAACAUGUGGCAACUGACUGUCGAUCCGAGGGAGGCCCCUGAUCAGCCUGAAGACUUCACCGUCACCUUUGAGAAAGGCCUCCCAGUCAAGCUCGAGUAUGAGGGCGGAAAGGUCGCCACGGAUUCCGUUGACCUAUUCCUGACUGCCAACACCAUUGCGCGUAGAAACGGUGUCGGCCGUCUUGACAUUGUCGAGAAUCGCUUCAUCGGAUUGAAGUCUCGUGGCUGCUACGAGACACCCGGCCUGACCAUGUUGCGGGCCGCCCACGUUGACUUGGAAGGCCUGGUGUUGGACCGUGAAGUCCGCGCUCUUCGUGAUCAAUUCGUCACAUUCAACUACGCAAAGCUGCUGUACAACGGCCUCUACUUCUCGCCCGAGCGCGCAUUUCUGUCCAAGAGCAUCAUUGCUUCGCAGGAAGAUGUGAAUGGCUCAGUGAGAUGCCGGGCUUACAAGGGCUCCUUUAGCGUUCUUGGACGCUGGUCAGAUACCGCCAAGCUGUACGAUGCAAGCGAAAGCUCCAUGGACGAGAUUGGUGAUUUCUCGCCAAAGGACACGACUGGGUUCGUCAGUGUCAAUGCGAUCCGCCUCAAGAAGUACGGAAAGGCUAUGGAAGACAAGGGAGAGAGCUUGGCCAAGCGAUCCUAGCGGAUAUUGCCACAUAGAUAGCAUCUUCAUUGGAGUUUAUCCUGAAAUGGGAAUGAAGACGACAUACUAUUCCUACACAGUAGUAGAAUGAGCCGCCUAAAAUAAAAUGAACUUGAC